AUGGCUCGCACCUCGUCGUUGCUGGCAUCGACGACUCCAAGCGUCAUCGCACCAGCAGAGGUUACAAUCGGUCAUGUGCAGCUUCGAGAUUUAAUCAUAUGUCCGCGUGAGGCAGGCAUCGUCAAUUAUAUUCAAGGGACUUCGGUUAUUGAGCAUGACCUUCAUGCUCCUGAAGUGGUGCGUUUACGUUCAUACUUGCCUUUAUGUGGUCAGGACACUGAGAUCCACCUCUCACUUCACAAUCCAUCGCGCACCCGUGCGCUCUGGCAGUUCUCGCGCAAGCUCAGUGGAAGCAUCAACAAUUCUGUUCUCCUUGCACGCGCAUUCGGUGGUUCUCAGGAACCUCGACUCGUAGUGAGUAAUAAUGAUUGGACAGUUCGCCUCUUCGAUGUUCCCCUCCGCAAACCACAAGACCUCAGGUGCUGUGGGACCCUUAGACUCGAAGAGCCUGUGAAUCACUCUUCAAUAUCGCCUGAUGGUCGGACCUUACUCUCAGUCGGAGACUCUCCCCGGAUCUACCUCCAUUCCCUUUCAGGCAGCGCCCAGCUUGCCUUCAAUCGCAUUACAACACUACAGGUCCCUCCUCCCGUCUCCGUUCACCCCUUCUCUCUGGUAGCUUCCUUUAGCACCGCAUGGAGCGCCGAUGGACUCAAGUUCGCUGUUGCUUGUCAAGAAGGCGUUAUCGCCAUCUGGGAC